AUGCGAGCUGCUUACAGUGUGGCGUUCGUUGUGAGCGGCUCCAUGCUGUUCCUGGUUGUUGUUCUCCUCAUCUUUGGAGUCCGGCAGCCCGGCCAUCAUGCUCCCCUACAGACAGCUCGAUCAUCUGUGGAAGAGCUGCGUGAGGACGUCAGCGAGGUGGAGGCUUUUGCCGAGGCGUCAAGGCGAUCAGGGGUGGUCACGCUGCUGCUGUCGUAUCGAGAGAAGCUCCUACGACAGAUUGACAAGCAAGAGGAAUGGAGCCGCAAGGGAGAUCGCAUGCUCUCUGAAGCCUACAAAGACAUGACACAGCACCGCUUCGAUCAGGCGCGAGUCUCUCUCGCAGGCGCGAGGUCAGCGUUCUCACGUGCAGCUGCGACGAAGAAGCUUGUACAAGUGGAUGCCGGAGAAGCGACGUUAAGCAGGGAGGAAAGGAACAGCGGCAACUUCUCUUCGAUCAAGACUAGAAGCGCUGCAUCGACCAUCGGGGAGGAGGCGGAUAGACAGCACUCGCACGACCUGACGACGCGCCAGAGCAAGAAGGAGCUUUCAAACAGCACGACUCAAAGCAGGUCGAGCUCAUGA